UCUCGUUCACUAGCUCCGGCCAGUUGCGUCGUCGCCAAACCUCCGCCGCCCACCAGAUCUGCACCUCGGUGCGGUAAUCCCCCGCCUGCCACCAGAUACUAACACCGAGUUGUGGUUCCCAUUUCCUUCUUUCCCCUCCGAUCCCUUCCCUUCCCAACAUAACUUGAUCUCUCCUUCCAACUCGUCGCGCCUCGUCGUCCGCGGCUGCGUCUCCGCCGACGGGACGCCAACACAAGCUCGCCUCAGACAUAGCUGUUGCGCGCCUGUUCUUCGUCACUCGCCGCCAUCUGCAGCCAAAGCCGCCCGCCCAGGACUGAAGCCGCCUCUGAGCCCUCGACCGGGUUUCUUCCCGCAGGUCUGCCCCCUCUGCAGGCAGGAUUGGCGUGGAGUGGAGAUCCGCCCCGUUUUGCUGGUAAGAUCACAGCCAGAUCUCUCUUCUCCGGGAUCGAGAUCGCCCUCGGUUUUGACCCCAUCCCGUGCCCGUACCAUCCCUAUUACUCUCCGAUCCCUUCCUCUCCCAUGCUCUGCCCUAUCCAAUGCGGCUCUAAACUCGGUCCUAUAGGACUAUAGUGCACCGCUGCUGUGCCCUAGAACUGCCGUCGUGCCGUAGCUUAGCAUCAUCGCCGACGCCUCAUACCCCCAAACCUCCGCCUAUUGUUCCCUUUCUACCUAUCCUGUCCCUGCUGUCUCCAGCCAGUCUGGACAUCGAACUUCGAGAGGCAAAUUUGGAAGUUGCACUGAACCCCCAUGAUGCGUGGGAAGUCCGCCCGCAGGGACACGUCGGUUGUCGUCGUCGUGUUAGAGACAAGUGAGGUGUACAUUGUGGUUAGCUUGUUGGCAGCGGGUGACACCCAGGUGAUUUCUGUCGACCCCACCACAGGUGCGCUGUGUUACCAAGGGAAGCAGGGGGAGGACCUCUUUGAUUCCGAGGCAGCAGCAUUGAACUACAUCACCAACGGAUCAAGAUUUUUAUCCAAGAGUACGACAUAUGCUAAAGCUGUGCUAGGUUAUGCAGUAUUUGGAAGUUGUGCUUUGCUUCUUGUUGCAACACAGCUCAGCGCAACAGUCUCAGGCCUACCUGGAGGUGGGUGUAUAUAUACAGUGGUGGAGAGUCAAUGGAUAAAGAUUCAGCUGCAAAACCCUCAGGCACAGGGAAAUGGCGAGAUCAAGAAUAUCCGGGAAUUCUCUGAUCUUGACAUAGAUGGUAAGUACUACUUUUGUGAAACAAGAGAUAUUACAAGGCCGUUUCCUAGUCGGAUGACUCUUCAAGAACCAGAUGAGGAAUUCGUGUGGAAUGGAUGGUUAUCGAAGCCUUUCAAGGACAUUGGGUUGCCACUGCACUGUGUCAUUCUUUUGCAGGGUUUUGCUGAGUGCCGCAAUUUUGGUGGUACGGGGCAGCAAGCUGGAUUAGUUGCUCUCAUUGCACGCCGUAGUCGGUUACAUCCUGGAACACGUUAUUUGGCUCGUGGGCUAAAUGCAUGUUCUGGAACAGGCAAUGAAGUAGAGUGCGAGCAACUUGUUUGGGCUCCUCAGAAGAAUGGACAAACAAUCCCUUUUAGCUCAUAUAUCUGGCGGCGUGGAACUAUACCAAUAUGGUGGGGUGCGGAAAUAAAAAAUGCCGUGUCAGUAGAAGCAGAAAUUUAUGUUGCUGAUGAUCCUUACAAUGGGACCUUACAGUACUACCAGAGGUUGGGUAGAAGAUAUGGUAAUAAAUCAUCUCAAGUUGAUGCAGCGAGGCAGAAGAAACCUGGAAUGGUUCCCAUUGUGUGUGUUAACUUGCUAAGGUAUGGUGAAGGAAAACCUGAAACAGUUCUAGUUGAACAUUUCAAAGAAUCUCUUAAGUACCUGAAGUCUACUGGUAAGCUUGGAAAUACCUGGAUUCAGUUGAUAAAUUACGACUGGCAUGCCACUGUGAAGUUAAAAGGGCAACAGCAGACAGUUGAGGGUCUUUGGAGACAUCUUAAAGCACCAACAAUGGCCAUUGGCUUCAGUGAAGGGAAUUACUAUAGUGUAAAGGAGCAGCUUAAGGAUUGCAGAGGACCAAUUAUCUCCAAUGGUGAUGGUGGGUUUUGUAUGGAAUCUAUUCAAAAUGGGGUGAUACGUUUUAACUGUGCAGACUCUCUUGAUCGCACCAAUGCUGCUAGCUAUUUUGGAGCACUUCAGGUUUUCGUCGAACAGUGUAGUCGGCUGAGUAUCUCCCUUGAUGUAGAUGCAAUGUUUGGGUUAUCAGCAAGCAGAUAUUCUGAAUAUAAUGGUCGAAAUGCCCGUUCGUUACCCCCUGGAUGGGAAGAACGCUUUGACUCUGUAACAGGGAAAUCAUUUUAUAUUGAUCAUAAUACACGUACUACCUCCUGGGAGCAUCCAUGCCAGGAGGCUCCACAGAAGCCCUGGAAGAGAUUUGAUAUGACAUUCGAGCAGUUCAAGAGCUCAACAAUGCUUAACCCAGUUAACCACCUUGCAGAAAUAUUUCUUCUGGCUGGUGAUAUCCAUGCCACGUUGUACACUGGCUCAAAAGCUAUGCACAGCGAGAUUCUAAACAUAUUCAAGGAGGAGACUGGAAAGUUUGGUAAAUUCUCAGCUGCUCAGAAUGUCAAGAUUACAUUGCAAAGAAGGUUCCAUAAUUAUAUGAAUGAUAGUUCUCGUCAAAAACAGUUUGAAAUGUUUCUUGGAUUGAGGCUAUAUAAACAUCUCCCAUCCAUCCCCAUUUUUCCUCUGAAAGUGUUAUCGAGGCCAUCUGGAUGCAUGUUGAAACCUGUUCCUAGUAUCACCCCAAUGGCUGAUGGUGGUAACAGUCUUCUCAGCUUCAAAAGGAAGGAUCUAAUUUGGGUUUGUCAGCAUGGCGCAGACUAUGUUGAACUUUUUAUAUACCUUGGAGAACCUUGUCAAGUUUGUCAGCUUCUUCUUACUGUCUCCCACGGUGUUGAAGAUUCUUCAUAUCCAGCUAGUGUAGAUGUUAGAGUCGGUUCCAGCAUAGAUGCCCUUAAGCUUGUUGUGGAGGGUGCUUGCAUUCCACAGUGCUCGAAUGGGACAAAUUUGUUGUUUCCUCUCACUGGAAGAAUUGAUCCAGAGGACUUAGCUGUUACAGGUAAAAGUGCUCGACCAGACGUUCAAGAGAGCACUUACCUUCCUUUGUUAUACGACUUUGAAGAGCUGGAAGGAGAAUUGAACUUUUUAAAUCGGGUCGUUGCAUUAUCCUUUCAUCCAUCUGCCUUGGCGAGAACAGCCAUCACGCUUGGUGAGAUUGAAGUACUUGGGGUUUCCCUUCCGUGGGUGGAUAUGUUAACCAAUAGCAAGCGUGUUACUGAAACUUUGGAGCUCCUACAUGAAAAAUCAUAUAGUAUUCCCCGUGAUCCAGGUUUGAAGGAUGUUGCACAUUUUUCCUCUUCUGAGUAUGGUGUUCAUGGUAAUGAGAGGACGUAUACUCAAAGUUCGCCAUCAGUUCAAACAGCUGGUUCAGGAAAUUUUGUGGAUUUUCUCACUGGUGAUAUUGGCAUGUCAAAUCAAUCAAAAAUGACUGGAAAUACAUCUUAUGGUAACGAGGAACAAACAAACUUCUUUGAUGAAGAAUUUGAUAUUAACCCUUUUGCCACUGCAUCAGAAGAGCCUGUUGCUAUAGUGAAUAAACAGGUUGAAGAUUGUGGCCACACAAAGUUUUACCUCGAAUUUUUCGAAUCACUUUCUGGAAAUAAGAAGGGAAAGAGCCUUAACUUUGAACAGAUGAUGAAGCUUGAAAUAAAACGUUUUUACCUUGAUCUUUCUGCUGCCGAAAGGGACCGGGCGUUGUUAUCAAUUGGUGUAAUUCCUGCCACAGUGGAUCCAAAUCGUUCAGUUGAUUAUUCUUACCUGUUGAAGUUAUCCAACUUAGCUGAUAAACUAGCAUUGCUGGGCCAUGCUGUCUUUGAGGACCGUGCUAAUGCUUCAAUAGGGCUUGAAAAGGUUAAUAACCAUGCUAUAGACUUUUGGAAUAUCAGUGAAAAUGGCGAAUUAUGCUCUGGUGGAGCAUGUGAAGUCCGUUAUUUAUCUUCAUUACAAGCUUCAGCUACUAGUGAAAAUGUAUCACUGUUUGUGGAGUGUUCCCAGUGUGAAAGGACAGCUUGCAAGUCUUGCUGUGCUGGGAAAGGGGCUUUUCUUUUGCUUGGCAACACUUACAGAGAUCUGAAGAUAUAUGGAGGGAGUCAAGGUGGUGGCUAUUCAGCCCUUGCAGAUAGUUCUGUGUGCAAAUCGUGCUGCAGUGAGGUGAUCAAACAUGCACUGUAUGUAGAUUAUGUCAGGGUUCUUCAUAGCUUGCGGAGAAAAGGUCGUGCAGAGAAAGCAGCACUGAAAGCGGUGAAUCAGGUCUGCCGACUUGAGCCCAGUAAAAUAUCUGAUUCAGUGCAUAGUGUUCAAUCUGGUCAGAGACAAUUGAAGCAGCUCCUUGAUGGUGAAGAAUCUCUUGCAGAAUUUCCAUAUGCAGGCUUUUUACAUACGGUAGAAACUGCUGAUGACUCUGAACCACUGUUAUCAUUACUUGCACCCCUUGGUAGUGGAGUGUACAAGUCUUACUGGAAAGCUCCACUGGAGAACACAUCCUUGGAGUUCCCGAUUGUUCUUGGUGGUUUAUCAGAUGUUUCAGGAGUUGCAAUAAUUGUCAGUUCUUGUGGUUACUCAAGAUCUGACUGCCCAAUUGUGGAGAUAUGGUCUAGUAAUAAAAUACAACGAGAAGAUCGCACAUUCAUUGGAAAGUGGGAUGUGCAAGAUAUAAUAGUGUCAUCUCCAGAGCUUUGUGGACCAGAAAAAUCGAGUAGCUUGAAUGAAGCACCGAGACACAUAAAAUUACACUUCCCGAAUCCUUUCCGUUGUCGCAUAAUUUCAAUAAAAAUGACACUUCCCUGUAUCGGUUCUCGCUCAACCAAGUUCAAUGAUGAAUUUGAUCUUCUAUCAUUGGAUGAAAGCUCAUUUCCUGAUUCCAAGCCAAGUAAUCCACAUAGUUCAUUUAUCCAUGCAAAAAGGAUUGUUGUUUUUGGCAGUUCUUUGCGAAAGGAGAUGGAUCCUGACGCAUCUGCGGGGAUAAUGAGAACGAAAAGUUAUUUAGAUGGAUCGCCACCGCUGGGGAGAUUUAGGAUUCCAGUUGAAGCUGAGAGGUUGACAGAUAAUGAUCUUGUUCUUGAGCAAUAUCUCUUACCUAACUCGCCUGGAAUAGCUGGAUUUCGCCUUGACUCCUUCAGUGUUAUAAGACCUCGAGUAACUCAUUCACCGCUCUCAUCAGAGUUAGACAUGAGUGAAUUUUCAUUGACACGUAUGGAAGAUAGACAUGUAAAUCCUGCAGUUCUUCAUAUACAAGUCACAAUUGUUAAGGAGUCUGGUAAGCUGGUUGUAGAGGAAUACCGUCUACCAGAAGUUAAAGCAAAUACACAACUAUAUUUUGAUUUUCUGGAUUUACAGCAAGAUGCACGUUGUGUUAUCUUUAGAUUACUUGGGGAUGUCACAAGCUUUGUUGAUGAUAUUGCUGAGAUUGAUGGCUUAAAUUUGCGAAAUCUUCCUUUGGCUUCUGGAUUGUCUUUGUCAAAUAAGAUCAAGUUGUACUACUAUGCUGACACCUAUGAGAUGGGAAAGAUCGGGAGUCUCGCAGCAGUAUGAUGUAUACGAGCUGUUGUACGUGCCCAUGGAAUCAUUCGCAGUUGGUACAUUGGUGUUGUAAAAGUAAUGUUUUUCUUUGUUGAUGUGGUAGGCGGUAGCACCACCAAUAUACUGCAAUCGAUACCACAAUAGCUUUCAGAAAGUUCUUUAGUUUCUCCCGUGAUUGAUCCAAGUUGAAGGCCAUGGGGGAUAUUAACUGAAAUUCUUCUUCUUUUGGCUGUAGAAUGUCUGUAAAUUGAAGAUUCACUUUUGGUCGUUUAGAAUGUUUGAAAAUUUAUCAUGGUUGCACCUUUGAGAGUGCCAGUUACAGUUCGUCGAUGCCUGUAUGAAAUCUGUAUAGAUAAGGGCUGGAUUUUGUACGGACAUUUUCUUCAGUGAAAUAUAUUUCGAGUACCGAACUUUACCAA